AUGGAUUGCAUCUAUGGUGUGGAUUUGGAGGAGUUGUGCCCAGUGUGUGGCGACAAUGUGUCUGGCUAUCACUAUGGUUUGCUAACAUGCGAAAGCUGCAAGGGCUUCUUUAAGAGGACAGUCCAGAACAAUAAGCGCUACACCUGUGCAGAGAACCAGGAGUGUAAAAUCGAUAAGACACAAAGAAAGCGCUGUCCUUUCUGCCGCUUCCAGAAGUGUCUCACUGUGGGUAUGCGACUCGAAGCAGUACGAGCAGAUCGUAUGCGAGGUGGCCGAAAUAAAUUUGGGCCAAUGUACAAGCGAGACCGGGCCUUAAAGCAGCAGAAAAAAGCAUUGAACCGGGAAAGUGGGCUAAAGAUGGAGUCCAUGCCACCUGUCCUUUCACCUACACAGACAGACUAUACCCUUAGUAGCACAUUACCCAAUCUGUCAGACAUUUCCAGCAGUAAAAACAUCCUCAUAAACAUUUCAUCUUCCACUAUAUCUUCAGAGUAUGAGCAGGGUCUGUACCCCACACCUGGCUGUAUGAGUGUGGGUUCCCACAGCCCACUGCCUUCUCAGUAUUCUUACCAAUCGUUGCCUUGUCGCAGCAUCAAAUCUGAGUUUCCUGACCACUACACUAGUAGCAGCUCACCUGGCUCCACUGGGGGAUAUACUUACACUGAUCAGACUCAGACUUUGAGCUCACCUACACCUCACACUGGCCUAGACUUGCCAGCAUUGGUUUUGGAGUUUGUGCGCUAUGAACAGGAUGAGCUGUUGGUACGGAGUAAGAUCAGCACUCAACUGGCACUUAUGCAACAGAAUCAGAGCUCCACUGAAUCAAUCUCAUCCUUUACCCUAAUGUGCCACAUCGCAGACCAAACACUGUUCUUCAUUGUGGAGUGGGCAAGAAGCUGCAACUUCUUCAAAGAACUUAAGGUGGGGGAUCAGAUGAAGUUACUGCAUAACUGUUGGAGUGAGCUACUGGUGCUUGAUUAUAUCUCAAGACAGGUCCAUCAUGAUGAACAAGACACUAUUUUGCUCAUUACUGGACAGAAGGUGGAUCUGACUUCUUUACUGACUCAGGCAGAGGUGACCCUGGGUGAACUGGUGCGAGGGGCACAGCAACUGGCCCAGCGUCUUCAGGAUUUACAGUUAGACUGCAGAGAGAUCGUCUGUUUUAAGUACCUCAUCCUGUUCAAUCCUGAUGUGAAGCUUUUGGAAAACCAGGAAUAUGUGAAAAAUGUGUAUCACCAGGUGAGUGGGGCAUUGCUGGAAUACACAUUGUGUGUAUAUCCACAGCACAUGGACAGAUUCAGUCAGCUGCUAGUGCAUCUACGAGAGCUACGAGUUCUAAGCACUCAGGCUGAAGAUUACCUGAGCUAUAAACAUCUCAAUGGAGAGAUACCAUGCAACAAACUGCUCAUAGAGAUGCUGCAUGCCAAGAGAGCCUGUGUUUGA